GGAUACAGUCCUAUCUGUCCGAAGCUGGGAAAACAGAUAAGAAAGAUUCUGAAGUCUGACGCUGCCAAACAAUAUAUUGCACAAGAUGAGUUUCUUUACUCCUAUUGGUCAAAUCAUAGUGGGAUGGAACUGAAUAAUUGGAAUGAUGUGGCCCGUUUAUAUGACGUAGUGAGCCGCGAGGCAAAAUGUGACUUGUAUGUGCCCUCAUGGGCGAAGGCGUACUGGAAAGAAAUGGAAAGAAUCGCAAGUGCUGCAUAUAAAUUCAAUUUCGAUACUAAAUUCAGUAUCAAAGCUAAAGUUGGACCACUCAUCGAUUUAAUGGUGGAUAGAAUGCGAGCGAAAACCAUGGAAGAUGAUCCUAACCCCGAUGUAAAACUCCACGUUUAUGUAACGCAUGACUGGAAUAUGGCAAGCUUCCUGAUGUCCUUGUUUCGCUUCAACGGCAUCAUCCCUCCACCCGCCGCCACGGUAACCCUGGAACUGUACCGGUACUUCGACACGUAUACGGUGCGCAUGCUCUACUUCAACUCCAGUACACCCGAACUGGGCGUCCAGGAACCGAACGUACUGACCAUCCGGGGUUGCGCCGAGUACUGUCCUCUGGCCUACGUCGCGAACUACUUCCACGACUACAUGCCCAAGGACUGGUACAAAGUGUGUGGCCUCAAGUUGAAGAGGGAAGAGGAAGAUGAAAACGAGAGCGGAAGACCCUUUUCGCUUUCGGACAACAAGGCCAAAGCUUGAUGUUCUUUUCGACCAGAGAGCCUAGGAUGUUUUAUACAGUCUGACUCUGAUCACUUGAAAACUGAUUGACAAAUGAUUAAACAAUGCCAUUUGCUUAUAUAAGAAUUAUAUUUGAUUUUUGAUUGCCUACAAAUAUUCAUGAUUCAAAUUCUUCUCAUCAUGACACUUUCCUUGGUUCUACAGUUCUGUUAUGUAAUAUGAGUACAGUCGAAUCUUGUACAUGCGAACUUCGCAGGAUCGUGAUAAUUGCUUCACGUUACGCAGGUUUCACCUUAUCCAAUAAAUUGUUAAGUAAUUGUCAGCACACGGGAAGCAACAAGUAUUUCAUGUAAAGCAAUAUUUCAUGUUAAGCAAUUUCAUGUUAAUGAGGUUCGACUGUAUUUGUAAGUGCUACUUUUGCAACAAACUGGAGUCUAUUAGUUGGUAGGUAACUUCCAGGAUGGCUUGUCGAGUAAAGGGUUUUGGUACUAGAAAGACGGAGGGGCCUGUGUGGCCCCUCGCAUAGUUUGUUGUUUAAUAACUCGGAUAAUGUCUAACGGAACGUAAUGUAACUUCCUGACUUUUCAUUAUAUGACACUAUUUGAAUGCUUGUUUAAUCAUUUUAUCAUACGCCUCAUAGUACUGUAAAUAUUGAUCCUUAUACCUAGAAAGACGGGAGGGGCCACAGUGGCUCCCUAAGCUUUUUUACAAUUAAAAUUUUUUUUUUCCUUUCUCCUAAUUGUUCUAGCAUAAAAAGGGCCAUUCUCUUUAGUUUAACCUGUAACUUUCCCUUUUUACAGUCAGUUGGAUAUCCAAAUGCUAUAAACAGUACCGACUGCUUACCAGCCUAAUGGUAGCCAUUACUCUUGAAAAGAAAAACUGAUCCAAGCUUUUGGCCAGUAUAGAGAGAAACACUACAAAUAAUUGCAUACUAAGUUUUUAUUUAGUCAUGAAAGAAGGUGUAUUGGGCAUGUGGACACACUCAGGAAGAAUUUUUAAAAUAAUUCACCCCAAAAAUGGGUAGGGGCCACACUGGCCCCUUCAGUCUUUCUAGGUAUACAGAAAAUGUCAGUCGUUCUAGUGCUAGAAUGUUCUAGAAGACCUGUGGGGGCAGCAAUGAAGGCAUUAUAAAAUCGUUGUAGCUUUUAUCAUUUUGAGUGAUAACUUUGAGGCAGUAAUGGAAAAGGGUAAUGAGAAUGAUUUGAUAAUAUGAGUCAUGCAGUUUAUUUCUGGUACGAUGAACCUAGUCCUUGAGAGAGUGGAUUUUUUCCUGGGGAGGUUAGCGAAAAAUGGAAUUGUUAUUUUCAUGAAACUGAGUUGACGAUGGUAGCCCAAUGGAAUUUUGUGACAAUAACAUUUCUCAAUGUACCUAAUCUCUUCAAGAGGAAAUUGAGUCUCGUGAGGUCAAAGUUCUUCUUACUGGAGGUGAACCGAGUACAAUUCAGUAGUUAUUCAUUGUUCUGUUUAUUUUUACCAAAAGCAAUUUUUAAUAUUAAUGUACAUGAUAUUUACUUUGAUGGACAAAAUAUGAACAGAUUAUUUAUUCUAAGGAUAGCUUAAGACUGGCAAUACUUCAAUUUAUGUAAAGCAAUUUUGCCAUCCCCAGCAGGUCUUCCGUAACAUUCCAGUAGGCCAUGCUCACAGUUUCUUCCUAUGCAUUUGUGUUGUUACAUUAAGUUAUUGAUAAUACAUUUUUCCAUUAAAAAAA